AUGGCGCAGCGAACCGGCAGCAUCUCUCACGGCUUCGGCGUCAGCAGUGCAGCUGCAAAUGGCGCCACCGAGUUCAUGUCAACACUAUCCCCUCCCAAGGGCGACCUCGACGGUUGGGACAGCACCAAACCGUGGAACCAGCAAACAGCCAACAACAUCCCACUGAUCUUCAAGGAUGCCAUGUCGGUGCGCGAGGAGGUCUUCGGCGAGCAGGGCGUGCCGCUGGAGGCCGAGUUCGACGAGGAUGAUGCACGUAGCUGGCAUUGGGUUGCGUACGCAUCAGUUGGCGCUACUACAUCAUCGCCUCCAAAAGGAACUCUUACUAGGAGCGACUCUGGUAACACGCCUGCAGAUGAUGCUAGGCGCGCCUCCGCAACGGCUCAGCGCACCCCUGUUGGCACUAUCCGUCUCAUACCUCCUCCCCAUAGUCCAAGCAAGUACAAGGAGGAGAAGCCAGUCACGCAUCCCGAUGAUGGCACCCCUACGACCGAAAGGAUAGUCCACACUGACGAGCCAUAUAUCAAGCUCGGCCGCUUGUCAGUCGUUGGGGCCUUCCGCGGAAACAAAAUUGCUAGGAUGCUCCUCAACGCCACCAUCAAAUUCGCCGCAGAGCACCCUGAACUCAUCUAUAGCCUUCCUUCCCCGACAACACGCGAGCUCGCGGCACUGAAGGCACCGAACACAACUCGUCAACUCUCCUGGCAGGGCCUGGUUUUCAUCCACGCCCAGCUUCAGCUCGUCGAAAUGUGGGAAAAGUAUGGCUUCUCCGAGGCACUGCGCGACGAGCAAGGGAAUGUUGAGAUCGAUGCCGAACCUCACUGGGUAGAGGAGGGUAUCGAACACGUCGGCAUGUGGAAGAGGAUCAAGAUCGUUGAGGGAAGGUUGUAUUAG